CUGAACACGCUCUUCGACGCGGUCAUGGGCUUCUCCGCCGUCUUUGGGAAGCCCAUCCUGGAGACAGCCAUGAGCUACGACCAAAAGAACCGGCGCCUGAUGGAAAGCUUGUGUUGCCGGCUGAAGGAGCUCUUCUGCAUCGGUCUGAUCGCUCUCCUGGGCCACGCCGCCGUCACCGGCAACGACGUGGAGGCGUUGAAGAAAGAGUGGAACCAGAAACUGGCGCAAGUAGAAGCCAAAAUGAAAUCCAUGGUAGAUCGGUGCGUCAGCGGGUUUGCGCAGCAGGCAGAGAUAGAUGUCGAGAGGAUGGUGAAGGACAAGGGGGAGAGAGAUAACAAGGGGUGCAUCAGCUUUAUCCUGGAGGGACUAGUGAAGAAAUACGACUGGGUCCGCUGGUCAGUGCGCGUCUAUGAUCCAGUCGGGGGCUUUGACAAUCACUGUGCGGAUGGCCCAAACCGCUUUCAUUUUUUCCGGCUCAAUAACGUCAACGUGGUUGUGUCUUACUCCAUCGACCCAAAGCCCAUAGACGAGGCACAGAUCGGCCAGUUGAUGCAGGACAAGGACGGCUGGAGUAACGCCAGAGUAGUUGUCAACUUCAUCUGCUCCAACGUCCCGUCCAACUACAUGGUCCACGCGGUCAGGCGCUUAAAAGGCCUGUGGAUGAACAAUGACUUCCCCAGCGCCUGCCACUUCUGGGAGAACUACAGUGGUUUCACCCUCUGUGUCCACUCCACAUGAUGGCCCCAGGGGCGAGCCGGUCCCGUCAUGGCGGGGUAUGUUAGAAAUUAAAUUGAUCAAAUAGGUGAUUAAAAUGAAUCCGGACCCAAUCAGUUCAGUGUCCGCGUCCUAGAUUUAUCAGCGCUACAAUUCGGC